AUGGCCGGUGACAUUGUUCUUGCGUUCGACAUCUAUGGCACCCUGCUCUCUUUUGAGACCGUCAUCCACGAGCUGGAGCGAUGCUUUGGAAACGACCAGGCUCGGGCCCGCACCGUGUCGCAGACAUGGAGACGCUACCAGCUUGAAUACACCUGGCGAUUGAACAGCAUGGGGCGCUACCUGUCCUUCUGGGAUGUCACGAAGAAUGCCCUUUUGCAUGCGCUGGACGACACCGGAUCCUCCCUGGAAAGCAACGAAAUCGAGCAUCUCAUGGCGACCUAUAACAGCCUAUCGCCAUUCCCUGAUGUCGAGGAAGCUCUGGACCGACUUGCAGACCUCCCGCAAAUCACACCGGUCAUCUUCUCCAAUGGCACCCUCGACAUGGUGUCUAACUGCGUCGACCACUCGACUCUAUCACGGCACAAAGCCCUCUUCAAGGAUACCAUAAGCGCGGACGAGGUGGGGCAGUACAAGCCUGCGCCGGCAGUCUACAAGCAUCUAGCAGAACGAGUCGGAAAAACCGAGUCAGGCCUGAAGGAGAUCUGGCUGGGUGUCUACUACUUUGCAUCGCACCGCUAUCUUUGGCCUCUGUUCAAGACUCGUCUGAUCCCCAUCGUGCUCCUCUCCGCCUUUAUCUACGUCCUGCUCUUCCUGUUUGCAUACCUGCCCCAGGUGGCCUUUCUCUCCAUCUUCCAGGGUGUCGGAGCGUGGGUCAAUGGUGCCUUCUUGGUGCUAGGCGAAGGUGCUGCCAUUGUCGCUGCCCUCUUCGAGGCUUUCUUUGUUGAUGAGACGCUGGUGGACAUCUUCGACUCGGUGCUGGUGAGCGAGGGCCAUGGCGAACUCGUGACCAUGUCGCGAGUGCUGUACCCCCAGGGCGAUGAUGUCGUCAAGCGGCUAGGCAAGCCCACUAAGAGCGCCGUUUACGCACCGUUUUCCCUGCGGCAAAUUGUGGAAUUUGUGGUGCUCCUGCCGCUGAACUUUAUUCCGGUGGCCGGAACGCCCAUGUUUCUGGUGCUGACGGGCUACCGAGCGGGCCCCUUCCACCACUGGCGAUACUUCCAGCUGCUGGAUCUUUCGAAACCGCAGCGCAAAGAACGGGUUCGUCGCCGGCAACUGCAGUACACCACGUGGGUUUCAACCUUGUCCCCCUGA